AUGUUUUUAAGUUCAUGGGAUUCGUGUGUGCCCCACUGGGGUGGGCGGCUUGGCGUGCGCCCUCGGCGGUUCUUGGCCGUGCGCUGCUUCCUUGAAGGCGCGCGCUCGGCGGAGCUGCCACGGUCGGCACGCCUGACGGUGGUCCGGGCUGCAUGCGCCUCCGCCCUCCUCGCGCCCCUCCCCCGCGUUGCCACCGAAUCCUCCUCUUCCUCCUCCUCCUCUGUGGCCGUCCCAGCGCAGGCCGAGACCUGUUGCGUGCGUCGCCUUGCGGCUGCCUCUCUUCGUUUUAAGAUGAACAUCGUACCAGGCGGUGCGACCCACGCUUAG